AUGUCUGCAUACAAGACCAACAUGCCCCUCAGCGCGCUGAUUACUCGCUUGGUGGUCUACGGUGUUGGAAGCCUUACCCUUCGUAGUGCUGCUUGCGUGUGGAACGAUAUCUGCGACGUCGACUUUGAUAGACAAGUUGAGCGCACCAAAGUUCGCCCCCUUGCAUCUGGUGCCGUUUCAAUGGCUGGCGCCUACACUUACCUCAUCUCACUUACACUUGCCUUCGUCGCCACUCUAUACAUGCUGGAGUCUAAGGAAGCAUUCUACCAGGGCGUAUUUGACGUUGCUGUACUUAACCUCAUCUAUCCCCUCAUGAAGCGGGUCACUUAUCUUCCUCAAGCAUGGCUUGGCCUAGCUAUAAACUGGGGCUUUGUUGUCGCCUGGGUCGACGUAUCUGGCCGUUCAGUUACGUCCUGGCACGAUUUUGAAGUCCUUGCCUACGGCAUGGUCUCACUUGCGAGUUGGACCAUUGUCUACGAUACUAUUUACGCGUGUCAGGAUCUUAAUGAUGAUAAGCGCGCGGGCGUCAAAUCCACUGCGCUUCUCUUUGGUUCCUAUCUUCCCGCUAUUCUCCGACUGUUCGCUGCCAUUUACAUCGGCUCUCUCGCAUACAUCGGUUACUUGAACGGCCAAGGUGCUUGGUUCUACGGUGUUUCUGUUAUUGGCUCUGCCGUGCACAUGCUGUGGCAGCUCGGAACCCACAAUCCUAUGAAUGCUGCUAACUGCAAGGAACGCUUCGAUUCCAAUAUAAACCUUGGCGGUAUAGUUACCAGUGGUCUGCUUGUUGACUACCUUGUCCGGGUCGUCAUCUGA